AUGUUUCUCCAACGCUCAGCCAUUGCUGCUGCUCGCAGAGCAGCCGUCGCCCCCGUCAUGAGACGCAGCUUUGCUACUAGCAUGAUUAGAAGAGAAGCCGCGCCACCGGCCGCAUCGGGCGAUCGCAAGAUUAAGAAGUUCGAAGAAAUUAAGACCGAAGCUGAUCUCAUCGGGCCCGGUGCCUUACCCGGAACUGUCCCUACCGAUCUCGAGCAAGCGACUGGUCUCGAGCGUCUUGAGAUCUUGGGAAAGAUGCAGGGAGUGGAUAUUUUCGACAUGAAGCCUUUGGAUGCUUCCAGGAAAGGCACGUUGGAGGACCCAAUCAUUGUCAAGUCCUUCGGUGACGAACAAUAUGCCGGUUGUACCGGAUACCCAGUUGACUCGCAUGUUACUAUCUGGCUUACAAUGUCUCGCGACCGUCCCAUCGAGCGUUGCCCAGAGUGCGGAAACGUUUUGAAAAUGGAAUAUGUUGGUCCAGAAACGGAUUCUCACGAUCACCACCACGAUCACCACGAUGAUGGACACCACAACUACGAGGAGCCAAAGACCUUUGCCGAUUUCGUUCGUCCGGAAUACAGAUAA